UGUGUGUGUGUGUGGGAAGUUACAGAGAGAACAAAGUAAAAUUUGAAAAGUUAAAGCUGCAGCUGCUGAGGGCAUAGCCAAAAUUGGACGAAUCACUGCCAUGGCCAAGGUUAUAUCGCAGGACACCUUCGACGAUGUUGUGAAGGAGAACGUUGUGGAGUUCUCGAUGACUCCUUCGGAGGCGAAAGAAGAGACCAUCAAGCAAUUCGAGGCACAGGGCAUCAACCUGGCCAACAUUAUCAAGGACCUGUCCGUCAAUCCGCAAACCGGCCAACCUGUCAUCAACGAAACGGUGGACAAGAUCAAGGAGCACAUUGGCCAAAAACUGGAGGAAACAACGGAGCUGCUGGAACAGCUGGCCACCUUGGAUGCUGAGUGCAAAAAGUCGCUAGCCCAUAGGGUUCUAGCCGGCAAAAAUGGAGCCCACGAUGCCCUGAUCACCCUGUUGGAGGAGACGCUCUCUGCUGAGUCACCCAACGAAUCCGUGUUAAAAAAGUCCUUGGAAGCCAUCAACAGCCUGACCCACAAGCAGCCGGAUCUGUUUGAUGCCGAGGCGAUGGCCGUGGUUCUCAAGUUACUGGCCCUCAAAGUGGAGAGUGAAGAAGUCACCCUGUUGACUCUUCAAUGGCUGCAGAAGGCCUGCAUCAUGCAUGAAAUGAACCGCCAGAAUAUCAUGAAUACCUCCGCACUCAAACUCAUGAAGCCCCUUUUAGGGAAAGGGAAGGACCGCCUGGUGCGUGAACUGACCGCCGUCUUCCGCUUCCUAGUGCUGGAUGAUGACAUUCGCGUUGAGUUUGGAUGCGCCCACGAGCACGCCCGCCAAAUAGCAGGCGAGGUGCUCAUCACCUUGGUGGAACUUUUGCCGGCCUAUCAGGAUCCUAAUGUUCUGGCUGAUCUUCUGCUGACCAUUGGAACACUGGCUGUGCGUCAGGAACUCUGUACAGCUAUCGACGAGGCUGGUGGACUGAAGUCCGUCUUCGAGAUCAUGAGUUCGAAUUUGGAUGAGGUGCGUCUAAAUAGAGAGGCCUUAAAGUUGCUACGUGCCCUGGCUGGCCAAGACUCCGUGAAGUCACAUAUAGUACAGCAGGGCGUGGCUCCUAUAAUAAAGCAAUUGCUAGAGACGCACCAGUCCAAUGAAAACAUCGUUGCCGCCGCUUUGGCCUGCGUGACUACUCUGACACUCCGAGUGCAGGAACACAGUGCCGCCUUUUUCGAUACCGGCAUCGCCGAAGUAAUCGUGGAGGCUCUUCGCGCCCAUCCCAAACACAAGAUAGUCCAGCGAAACGGAGCGUGGGCCAUCCGCAAUAUGGUGUCACGGUCGCGGAACCAGUGUGAAACCUGGAUCUCCUUCGGCGUUGAGGAUCUACUAAAUAUGGCAAUGAAGGAGCACCCCAGUGUGGAGCAGGACAUCAAGGCGGCGUUGCGCGACCUCGGCUGUAGUGUCCACUUGCGCGAGGAAUGGACGGGCACGGCGGAGAAAAAAAUUGCCGCCUAAUCGCACACACAUAUGCCUUUUGUAUUUUUAUAUAUUUACUGCUAAAUUAUUACUAUUGCUUAAUUCAUGCAUUGGCUAACUAACAAAAUCGGCAAUCCUCAAUACC